GUGAUUCAAUAAACACAUUUCUUUAUCCAUUUUUAAAGGCAUAACAAUGAGAGGACUGCGUAUUUUAUUUCUCCUUGAACUUGUUUUCUUACUAGCCUCAGGUGUUGUUGCCGAUGAAGGGAGUGACGGAGAUGAGACAAAUACAAAAGAGGAUGAUGAUACUGGAAGUGAAAAUACUGAUGAGAACGCUUCAGAUGAUACUGCCACAGGAGGCGAAACCGGCGGGAAAAAAUGUUUUAUCAAAGGAACAUUCCGAAGUGUUAAAGUUGGAGAAAUUUUCAGACACCCGAAGAACAAGUGCAUUGCUUGCAGAUGCUGCGAAAACGGAAAAUACACGUGCAGAAUGAGAAGGUGCCCUCCACAACCGUGCGGAAUAAAUAAACAAACUUCUUUCUCAAAAGACGGCUGUUGUAAGGAGUGCUGCGAAGAAUGCACAAACACAACGUGUCCUGCUCUCUCGUGUCCAAAUCAGGCAUAUGCGCACAACUCGUGCUGCAAGACAUGUGGCUGUAAAUAUAAUGGCGUUGUGGUUCCACAAGGUCCAUUUGGGCAUGUUUGUGAACAGUGCGUUUGUCAGGCGAAUGGCGUGGCAACAUGUAACCGAAAGACUUGCCCUCUCUCAAAACUUGAAUGUAUAAACCCCACGUUUGAUGACCCUACAACGUGCAAUUAUAUAUGUCCUGACGGUGAAUUUACAUGUCGUAGGAGUAAUUUAAUCAUUCCUGCCGGUACAGUUAUGGCAAGAAAGAACAAGAUAUGUGCAUGCAAUACAGAUCAUUGGUUCACGAGAGCAUUUUGUAGUGAUGAGCCCGAUCUUUUUCGUUAUCUGCCAAAGAUGUCGGAGUUGCGGCAAGAACGGUGCAUGGCUCAACAUAAUCUGCCUGAAAUCAUACCAAAUCCACUGCCUGACUUACAGGGGCCGUAGACUUUCUAACAGAUACAGCACUAAGGUCUGCAGCCUACAGAAGACCAAUACAAGGCAACUAGCAGUCUAUAAAAUGUAAUAAAAUGCUUAAUAUAAUAAAAGGUUCACAUCUCUAUUAAAAUAAUUCCCCCGUGUUGUUCAUCAAAAAGUCUCAAAUUUUUUCAUAAUGUUUUUCAUAAUGAGACCUGUUCCCAGCGAAUACAUUUAUAAAAAGGCGUAUUCGUAAUUAAAUCUGUGCAGACCAACAACCUCUGCAAAGCUCUAUUUCAUUUCUCCGUCAGAAGUUACUCUACGGACAGUCUUAUCGAUAGUGCGGCAGUAUCUCUGCACAGAUUUGUUUCAUUUCUCCGUCUGAAGUUACUCUGCGUCUGCGGACAGUCCUAUCAAUAGUGUGCCAGUAUCUCUGCACAGAUCUAUUACAUUUUUUCGUCUGAAUUUACUCUGCGGACAGUGUCUGAAGUUACUCUAUGGACAGUCCUAUCAAUAGUGCGCCAAUAUCUCAAGAUAAUGGUGCCUCCCUUUGAGUGCAUUCACGAAUACGUAAAAGCACAUAUUUACGCUGGGUCAAAUAUUCUCGAAUUUGAAAUUUUGAGUACGUUCGCGAUGUUUAGUAUUUGCGAAAUUAUUAAAAUGGUACCCUACUAUAAUUUGAAUUAUACUAAUGGUAAAUAUUUACGCGAGGAUAUAUUUUCGCGAGAUGUAGGGCCUCGCGAAUGUAGCGAAAAUCAAACCCUUGCAAAAAUUUCUGCUUUAUAGUAAUGUAAGUCAAAAUACACCUAUGUUGUUUGCAUUCUUCUGCUACCGAAUUAUGGAAUACACCUGAUAUUGCUGUUCGCGAUUCAAAUUCAUUAAAUAUAUUUAAAUAAAAAAUGAAAGAGACUUUUAAAGCGCCACGAGUACCUAAGCAUUUUUGUUCGGAAACUUACCUUUUAUGGAUCUACAUGCGCACCUAGGACAUUAUUGUCGAAUUCGAUGUUGAUUUAUUACUUUUCAUCAGUUAUUUACUUUGUGUAGAGCCUAUACGUUCUACUGCCUUCGCAAAAGUAUAUGUGGGCAGAAACCAAUCAAUUGAUCAUGGGGUGGGAAUGCUUCUUGGCUGGAUUCUUAAGCCUCAUCGAUAGAUAUGUAUAUGUAUUUUUUAAAGUUACCGGGCAAAUCACUUUAUUAUAUACCUAUAUAAAUUCUGUAAAAAGUACAGCUUGUUUUUCACGAGGAAAUACGAACAGGCUGAAAACAAAUCCCGGAUUGUACCUCAAAACUCCGGAUUAUACCCCUCCGUAUUGCAUGUUGCCGGACUAUUUUCAUUAAUAUGCAUAACCUGACCCAGAUCUAUAAAUAGCGCACAAAAAAAAAAACCCACUCAGUUCUAUUUUCAGAUCGAUAACAACGAAUAACCUUGAAGAAAAACUGUUUCAUCCAUUUUAUGUUAUUGUGCUGUUAAACAAUUAUUAUGUGUAAGUUUGCUUUUUCUGUCAUUUUUUU